AUGACACUUUCUUUGAUUAUUAAAUUUUGGUUUUGUUUAAUCUUUAUAAUUCCCUCAAUGUUAUGUAGUAUUUUCAAUCUUUAUUAUUUUCUUAUUGAUCGAACAUUUCGUCAAAAUUUACAUAAUCAUGUUAUAACAAUAAUACUUUUAUUUGGUUUUAUCUAUAUGAUUACAGAUAUUAUUUGGUUAAUUCAUUAUUAUCGUACAAAUUCAUUAAUAUCAUCAACACGUACAUUUUGUCUUUUAUGGAUUUCUGUAGAUUUAUCUGGAUAUGCUUCCAUAAUGAUUCUAACAGCUUGGGCAUCAAUUGAACGACAUAUAUUUAUUUUUCAUCAGAAUUUACUUUCAACGUCAUUGAAACGUUUUAUUUUUCAUUAUUUACCAUUGAUUAUCUGCAGUAUUUAUCCAUCAACUUUUUAUUUUAUUGGAUUUUUUGCUUUACCUUGUACGAUUCCAUCGAAUUAUCACCAUGAACGAUGUCAAUUAGGAUUUUGUUUAUCUAUUCAUGAAAUAUUAGGUACUUGGGAUAGUUCAAUUAAUAAUAUUUUACCAAUAUUUGUGAUUGUUAUCUUUAGUAUUGGUCUAAUUAUUCGUAUAUGGCAUAAGAAAUAUCGAAUAGGUCAACGAUUUCAGUGGAAAAAAUAUAAGAAAAUGACAUUUCAAUUAUUAUCAUUAUCUGCUCUUUAUCUUCUUCUUGUUUUACCAUCACAAAUUUUAUAUACAGCUUAUACAUUUGGUCUAUCAAGUGAUAUAGGUUGGGAUUUCUUUUUGGAUUCUUAUUAUUUUUCUUACUUUACAAUGUUAUUUACUCCUUUUGUAUCAAUUGCUUCAUUACCUGAACUACGAACUAAAUUUCGAAAGAUUAUUCAAUUUAGUCAAAGACAACAAAAUACAAUUGCUCCUGAAAUAAGAGAAAUGUCUCGUAUUAAAAAUCGACGAGUUGAUAGAAGAACCGGUACCGUUCAAUAA